CUCAAAAUGACGUAAUCUUCUAUAAAUGUUUUGCUGUUAUUGCAAAAUAGUUGUUCUACUCCUUCCCUCCACUGUACCGGAAACGCCCAAAUCGCCAUUACCAUUUUCCUUCGAAAAAUCACCGGCAAUAUGUACCGUCUUUCGCCAUUAACGAAAUUCUUCAUUUUCCUCUCUGUAACUUUAAGUUUUUACGAAGUCGUGGUUUCCAAAGAAGGGUUUUGUUCUGCGCCGACAUCUGUUUCCGAUGGAGAAAAUUCGGCCGCUUUGUACUGGAAAGUCACUAAUCCUACUCUAGCACCUGUUCAUCUUGAAGAUUUGCCUGGGUUUACUCGAAGUGUAUACAAAAGAGACCAUGCACUGAUUACCCCUGAAAGUCAUGUGCUGAGCCCUUUACCAGAAUGGAAGAAUGCAUUGGGAGCAUAUUUGAUUACUCCAGCAAUGGGCUCACAUUUCGUCAUGUACAUUGCAAAGAUGCAAGAUAACUCAAGAUCUGCUCUCCCUCCUGCUAAUGUUGAAAGGUUUGUAUUUGUUGUUGAUGGAGCUAUUUCUUUGACAAAUGGAUCAGACAUCAUGCACAACUUAAUGGUGGAUUCAUAUGCUUAUAUGCCUCCAAACUUUCAACAUUCGAUUGAGAGUGCCGUUUCUGCUACACUUGUUGUUUUUGAACAAAGGUAUUCUUAUCUGGGUGAUCAUGUUCCCCAGCUGAAAAUUGGCUCAACAGAUAGGCAAGAGCUUCUAGAAACUCCUGGCGAGAUUUUCCAGCUAAGGAAGCUUCUUCCAACAACAAUGGCCUACGAUUUCAAUAUCCAUAUCAUGGAUUUUCAGCCUGGUGAAUUUCUUAAUGUGAAGGAGGUUCAUUACAACCAACAUGGAUUAUUACUUCUCGAGGGUCAAGGAAUUUACAGACUUGGUGAUAAUUGGUAUCCUGUUCAAGCAGGCGAUGCUAUAUGGAUGGCACCAUUUGUACCUCAAUGGUAUGCUGCCCUUGGGAAAUCCAGGACUCGUUAUUUGUUGUAUAAAGAUGUAAACAGGAAUCCUGUUUACUGAUGUACGAGAGAUAUGCGAGGAGAAGGCACGGUGAUGUAUUUUUUUUCCUUGAUGUGAAAACUCGUUGAGCUCAUGGUCAAGUCUCUGUACUCAAAAACUCCUUGAUAUUGCUCUGUGAAAGACAAUUUUCCCAACUAAUUUUAGAAUCAGAUGCUACUAAUGAUCAUAGUUUUUCUAUGAAUGGAAUGCACUGGGUAUAAUAAUGAUGAUAUGCUACUGGUGAUCAUCUGUGCUUCAUCCCCCUUAGGGCAUGAUGAAUUUUUCAUAGCGCCCUUGUUAUGUUGGUAAUGCACUAAUGCUCGGGAGUCCACUGUUGUCUAUACAUAAUAAGCUGUUUCGCCAAAUAAAUAAAUGCGGCUUUAAAGCUCAAUGGGGACGGUCAGAGAAGGGCUUCCUUCAGCUUAUUCAGUUGAUGAUCUGAAGAUGGAAGAUUUCAGGGAAGAUGUUUUCUUGUCUAGUUUUAGUGUUGGCCUGUUUAUGAAGUUGUAUAUUGAGUGUUAGAUUUCGUUACUUAUGUUGGUAAUCCAGGAUGAUAAUGUUAUCAUGAUC